ACAGACAUUUGGUGGAUUUCAGCUGUAUAACGGUAUAUAUAGCUUUGCUAUGAAACACAGAACAAAAGAAGAGUCUUAAUUAAGGGAGAAAACUAUUUUAAAAGUGUAAGAAGCAACAGGAGUAAUUAGUAUCUUAAAUGUUUGCUGAAAACAUUUGAUAAUAAUGUUUGAAAUUAUGCAUAAUAUUCAAGAAGAAACUACUGAAGAUAUAAAAAUGCAUGAAGUACAGAAAAGCUUUAAAUGUGGUUCUUGUAACUUUGCAUCUAAAUCAAGUAGUAAACUGAAGAUUCACAUGAGAAUACAUACAGGGGAGAAACCCUUUAAAUGUAAUGUUUGUGAUUACGCAGGUAGUGAAAGUCAUUUGAGGAGACACAUGAGAAUACAUACAGGGGAGAAACCCUUUAAAUGUAAUCUUUGCGAUUAUGCAGGUAGUGAAAGAAGUAGUUUGAAAAGGCACAUGACAAAACAUACAGGAGAAAAGGGCUUUCAAUGCAAUUUUUGUGAUUAUGCAAGUUGCAUAAAAAGUAAUCUAAUGAUGCACAUGAGAAAACAUACGGGAGAGAAGAUAUUUAAAUGUGACCGUUGUGAUAGUAGAUUUAAUGCAAAAUGUAAUCUGAAGAGACACUUGCAGAGAAAACAUACAGGAGAGAAACCCUUCAAGUGCAAGAUAUGUGAUUAUGCAUGUGUUGUAAGCACUGACCUGAAGGUCCAUAUGAGAAUACAUACUGGAGAACAUUUUUAUGAAUGUACAUUUUGUGAUUAUGCAUGUAAUCAGUCCACUAAUCUGAAGAGACAUAUGCUUAAACACACAGGAGUGCGAAGCUUUAAAUGUGAUGUUUGUGAUCAUGCAUUUUACACAAUUUAUGAACUAAAAUUACAUAUGGGAAUACAUACAGGGGAUAAAUGCUAUAAUUGUGAUAUUUGCGGUUCGGCAUUUAGCUCGAAAAGUAUUCUGACAUCACACAUUCGAACACAUAUAGGGGAGAAACGCUUCAGCUGUGAUUUUUGUAACUAUGUUUGUAAUACUAGCAGUCAUCUUAAAGAGCAUAUGACAAUACAUGCUGAAGAGAAAAGCUAUAAGUGUAAGUUUUGUGAUUAUUCCUGCAACUCGAGAGCUUAUAUGAGGACACAUAUCAAUAUACAUACAGGAGAUGCAAAGAUCUUUAAGUGUGAUGUUUGUGAUUAUACAGGUCACCAUCUUAGUAAUCUGAAGAGACAUAUGGCAAUACAUACAGGAGAGAAGCGCUUUAAAUGCAAUAUGUGCGAUUAUGCGUGUAAUGUAAGAAGUUCUAUGAACGGGCAUAUGGCAAUGCAUACAGGAGAAAAACGCUUUAAAUGUGAUGAGUGUGAUUGUGCGUAUCACGAUGGCAGUAGUCUGAAGAGGCAUAUGGUAGUACAUACUGGAGAGAAACCUUUUAAAUGUGAUGUUUGUGAUUAUUCAUGUAAUAAAAUGUACAUUCUGAAAAAUCAUAUGAAGAUACAUACAGGAGUAAAAAGCCUUAAAUGUAAUAUGUGUGAGUAUGCGUGUCAUGAUGGCAGUAAUUUGAAGAGGCAUAUGACAAUACAUACAGGAGAGAAACGCUUUAAAUGUGGUUUUUGUGAUUAUGCAAGUAAUGAAAAAAGACAUUUGAUUAAACAUGUGAAACUACAUACUGAAGAAGAACGAAGGGGAGACAACCUUUAAAUUUGAAGUAUGUGACUGUGCAUUUACAACAAGAGGUAAUUUACAAUCUUAGGUAAUCUAAGAAAACAUUUGGAAAAAAAAAACAUACAGAACAAGAAAUUAUAAAAAUGUGAUAUUCAAUGAACCGGUCUUUGGUACAUGUAUUAGCUGGAACAACUAUGUGUAAGACCCUUAGCCUUAUAUGAAAAUACAUACAGAAGCGUAAUGUUUUAUAUGUUACAUGUUUGUGUGAUGUUUGUACUGUAAUUAAAACAGCUACAUGAUAACAUAUAUGAGAAAACAUUUUGAACUUGAUUUAUAA